AUUUAAGAUGGAGUUCACCAUGUUUGAUCGGAUUGGAGUUAACCAUGUUUUAUAAGCUCUUACACAAGCAUUCUUUGAAGUCCAAGCUUGCUCAUAAGCUCUUACACAAGCAUUCUUUGAAGUCCAAGCUUGCUCAGUGAGCCAGCAACUCAAAGUCACAACUACUCCAACAACAACAGCAACGAUUACGUCGACAACAAAUACAGACAAGUAGCUAUUGCUGGAGAUACUAGUCUUCAUACGGCCUUGGACUUUGGAGGUUAAGUCGGAUGCAGCAGCUACAUCAUUAGAGCGAUCAAUUGUUUUUUGAGAUAACCAAAGGAGUUAGAUCAGGUGCUUCAAUAGUUUCAGAAAUCAAAGAAGAAAUGAUGCAGACAGAUGUAGCAGUGGAGAUCAGCGAGCAUGUCGCACAAGAAAAUCAAAAUCAACAUCAGAUAUAUGAGAGUGAGAGUGAUUACUGGUCAGAAGGAUACUACUUUGAGCCCGAUCAAGUUGCCCAAAACAGGCCAAAAGUAAAUGUAUACCAUGAGCUCUAUCAAGCUGCCAAAAAUGGUAAGUGGCGUGUUGCUAAGGAUAUACUUCGUAAAUAUCAAAGAACCAUCAGACUUUCCAUUACAAAAUCGCGUGUGUCAGCUCUUCACAUUGCAUUCGCAUCAAAACACGUGGCAUUUAUAAAAGAAGUGGUGCGAAUUUUGACUGUUGAAGACUUAGAACAGAAAAACAGAGAUGGAGAUACAGCCCUUUGCUUUGCUGCGAAAUUAGGAAUUGUGACAAUUGCUGAGGAGAUGGUGAAUAUGAACAAUCGACUUCCAUUAAUCCGCAGUAGUGAGGGAAGGACACCACUUUGCAUAGCAGUUUUGUUCGGACAUAGAGACAUGGCGAGGUAUCUAUGCACUGUGACUUGUCUUGGAAGUUUGAUAUCUAAUGAAUUUAAGAAGAUCCUUGUGGCUACUAUUACCUAUGAUAUGUAUGAUAUAGCACUUCACCUCCUGAAAACCAAUGAAACGAUAUUCUGGUAUGGAAAUAAUGAGGCUGCAGCAUUGAAUAUCAAAAGAGAAAUUAAGGCUGCAGCAUUGCUUGAGUUGGCCAGAAAACCCUUUGCAAUUGGCAGCAAAGGGUUCAAAGGUAUCCGUCAUAAAACUAUUAUGCCGGCGCUAGUCAAAGUAUUGGUUUUACCUGGCUCAGAAAUGUUUAAUCUAUUCAAAGCCCAAAAGUCGUUAUACAUUAUUCCUCGCAAUCUACUUUUUGAUGCUGCAAAAUUUGGGAAUGCUGAAUUUAUAAAUAUACUUAUUCGCACUUAUCCUCAUCUAGUAUGGACAACAGACGAUUUCCAUCGAAGUUUAUUUCACAUUGCUGUUAUAUAUAGGCAAGAGAGUGUCUUCAAUCUAAUAUAUGAGAUCGUUGUUGUCAAGGAAAUAAUUCUAACCUAUGUUGAUGCCUAUAAACAAAACAUCCUGCACUUAGCUGGAAAAUUGGCUGCUCCAAGUCUAUUAAAUCUUGUACCAGGAGCAGCCCUUCAAAUGCAACGGGAGAUGUUGUGGUUUAAGGAGGUAGAAAAGAUUGUGCCGCCUUCCUACCUGACGAUGAAAAACUCUAAUAACCUAACACCAUGGGAACUAUUUACAGUAGAGCAUGAAAAUCUACGGGUAGAAGGUGAAAAGUGGAUGAAGGUUACAGUAAACUUUUACAUUGUUGUGGCAACACUGAUUACAGGUGUGGCUUUCGCGGCAGCUUUCACUGUACCAGGUGGCAGCAAUCCAGACACAGGCAGCCCUAUUUUAUUGAAAAGUGUUUGGUUUAGGGUAUUUUUCAUAUCGGAUGCAAUAGCACUGCUAUCCUCUUCGACGUCAAUAUUACUGUUUUUGUCAAUUCUCUCAUCACGUUUCAAGGAAAUUGAUUUCCUCGUGUCAUUACCAUUAAAGCUGGAGCUUGGAGUCAGUGCACUCUUCAGCUCAAUUGCAGCCACGCUGGUAGCCUUCAUCACAACCUGUUUUUUGGUCUUUAAAAGCGAAAUGAAGUGGCUUCCGAUUGUUAUAAUUGCUUUAGCUGGUAUCCCAAUGACUUUCUUUUUUUGGCUACAUUAUCAACUUUGGGUUGAUAUCAUGCACUCAGCAUACUGGUUUAGGUUGCUUUCUCGGAAAAUCAAACGUAGAAUCUUGGAUGAUCAAUUAUACCCCAAUUAUUUGUGAUUGCCAAAGUAACUCUUUAAGUAUCGACUUUCAAUGUUUCAGGAGUACCGUCGUUUGAUACAGGACUAUAAAUUCGUGUCUUGGAAUUGUAUUCUAAUAAUCUUAAUUAAUCAAACCCCAUCAGUCUUAUUAUUUA